AUGCUUUUGUUCAAGCUCAUUCUCUCCUCUGCAGCAGUUGCGGCUGCUCUUCCCACCCCCGAAAGCUCUGAAGGCAAUCAAUCCCAGCCCUUUUCUCGGACAGGGCUUGCACCUUGGAACGCUGGCGCUGUGAAUCAAUUUCCCAUCCAUUCAAGCUGCAAUGCAACCCAGCGUCGCCAGAUUGAGCUCGGUCUUAACGAGACUAUUGCUCUUGCUGAGCAUGCUCAAAACCAUAUCUUGAGAUGGAGAAAUGAGAGCGAGAUCUACAGGAAGUAUUUCGGUGACCGCCCAUCCAUGGAAGCCAUCGGUGCAUUUGAUAUCGUAGUCAACGGCGACAAGAAAGACAUUUUGUUUCGAUGUGAUAACCCAGACGGAAAUUGUGGCAUUGAAGGUUAUGCUGGACAUUGGCGAGGCGAAAAUGGCACGGAUGAGACAGUUAUCUGCGACCUGAGCUACCAAACUCGUCGGUCUCUCUCAAGCAUGUGUGGCCUUGGAUAUACAGUCUCAGAAUCUGAGACCAACACCUUCUGGGCCGCUGAUCUACUGCACCGCCUAUAUCAUGUUCCUGCCAUCGGACAGAACUGGAUAGACCAUUUUGCAGACGGAUAUGAAGAGGUCAUUGACCAAGCGAAGGAUAAUGCGACUCUCUCAACGCAUGAUUCGGAAACCCUUCAGUACUUUGCACUGGAGGUAUAUGCUUACGACAUUGCUGUGCCGGGGAUUGGUUGUCCAGGCGUCCAACAUAAGCAUGAUGAACCCCACGUUGAUCAAACAACAUCCGAGGCUGUGACUAGUCAACCAACUCCUACUGCAACAAAUACCAAUGCACCUUCAACAACUUCUGAGGUACCUCCGAAUUGCCAUACCCAUGAAGGAGGCGAGCUCCACUGCACUUGA